AUGACCUCCACACAAGACUCAACGUUAGAUAGUUCCGUAUCCACAUCCUAUCCUCACUCCUAUCCCUCUACGAGUAAAAUUGCCGAUGUCCCCGGCAACUCCCCCACGAGCAUGAUGCCGUGGGACGAUGAUGGGGACGAUGACACCCUGCUGGACCUAUCGCCACCCGACCUCAAAGACCGUUUGCGUUUGGAUCACAUUCUAUCGCUGGUCUCGUUGGCGUUCGACGUCUCGUGGCUAUACGAGCUCGACGACGACGUGCUGGUUUCACCGGUCGAUGCGUUCGCUGAUCUGUGCUAUGCGCAGUGUACUACGACGUGCGACGGCGACGAGUGCGCGAAGGACUCGACAGCGUUGCGCGGGCUCCGGAGCGACUCGGGUCACGGAUCGGACACCGCGAGCGACUCCGACUCUGAGAUCACCACGCCAACAGAAGUCGACCUGUCCACCGCGCUGCGGUGGAGGAGGUCCGCGUUCGCGUUCGCAAAGUGCGCCGAAGAGCGCAGGCGCGUCACCUUUGCGCCGCUGCCGCUGUCGCAGUCGAUGAGCGAGGCGAUCCUGGCGGGACCGGCUUUCUGCGACCCGGAGAUGGCGUUCCUUCUCUCCAGCCCUGCUUCCGAUCCGAAUGACUCGGUGCACUUCUUCCCCACAUGGCCCGAGGAGCGGCGAGCGGAGGGGGGCACGCUGAAGACCGCUCGCCCGCAGCGCGGAUCUGCUAUAAACUUGCAGGACUCGAUUAUAUCUCUACCUCCCCCGUUGCUUAUUUGUACCUCCCCGGAUCCCUCGCUACUUCCGUCGUCCCCUUCCCUAUACCAAUUCCCGCUUUUAAUUUUUUUUUUCUCCUCGCUCCCUGCACUGGCCAUGUCGCGCUCGGCCGAUGGCAAGAAACCCUCGUUUGCGAUCCAGUUGACCGCCGGAGGUCUCGCUGGUGCGAUGGAGGCACUAUGUUGUCAGCCUCUCGACACCAUCAAGGUCCGCAUGCAGCUCUCGCGGUCGGGCAGAGCCCCUGGAACAAAACCGCGCGGCUUCCUGGCUACCGGCGGCAUGAUCAUACGGAGAGAAACCCCGCUCGCCCUCUACAAGGGUCUCGGCGCUGUCCUCUCCGGCAUCGUCCCGAAGAUGGCCAUCCGUUUCGCGAGCUUCGAGACGUACAAGGAGCAGCUGGCGGACAAGAAGACGGGCAAGACGAGUGUCGGAAACAUCUUCCUCGCGGGGCUCGGAGCGGGAUGCACGGAAGCGGUGAUGGUCGUCACCCCCAUGGAGGUCGUCAAGAUCCGGCUGCAGGCGCAGCAGCACUCCCUCGCUGACCCGCUCGAGGUCCCACAAUACCGCAAUGCCGGACAUGCUGUAUACCAGAUCGUGCGCGAGGAGGGGUUUGGCGCCCUGUACCGGGGGGUCACCCUGACUGCUCUACGGCAGGCGACCAACCAGGGCGCCAAUUUUACCGCAUACCAGGAGCUGAAGAAGCUUGCGCACCGGUUACAGCCUGAACUGACCGAUCUGCCUUCGUACCAGCACAUGUUCAUCGGCCUCAUUUCCGGAGCGAUGGGUCCCUUCUCCAACGCGCCGAUUGACACUAUCAAGACCCGUCUGCAGAAGGCCACCGCGCCACCCGGCGUCUCCGCGUUCCAGCGCAUCGCCGCGAUCGCGCGAGACAUGUGGCGGCAGGAGGGCGUCAGCUCGUUCUACAAGGGCAUCACCCCGCGCGUGCUGCGCGUCGCGCCCGGCCAGGCGAUCGUCUUCGCGGUGUACGAGCGCGUGCGCAGGGCGAUGGAGACGAUGCAGGGCUCCUCGGAGGAGAAAGUGUAUAGCGAGUGA